AUCAUUGUGUGUGAAAGAAAAGAUGGUUAAAUAGAUUUAUGUUUUAACUGUUGAUUUGUGACAAUUUAAGUAAUUUUUAUACCAGUUGAGUGUUAUGUUGGGCUAUUUUGUAAUGAUGCUUGUUUAAUUAAGGUGUCAUGCCCUUUUGUCUUAGACUAGAACCUUUUGAGAUAUUUGCAGUAUUAUUCACUGUAUUGCUUUAAAACCUUUUGAUAUGUUAAGGUUGUUACAAUUAUAAUUGUUUGUUUACAGAGAUGAGUGUUAAGACAGGAAGCAUACUGUCCAGUCAUUUCAAGCCAAGUUAGACAGUGCAUGACUUCUUACGAAAUAAAUCCAUAAAGCAACUUGGGUCGUUUCGUUAUCUAUCUGUCAGCUAAGGACAGAACAGUAAGAAGUCGGUAGACGUCCAGCUUGAUUGGUGUAGUUUCAAAGCAGCAAUGUCGGAUUCAGAACAGAGUGAUAAACUGUUGAAUGACUUUUAUGAAUAUGAUGCUAAACUUGAUGACUCUGUAAAAGCAGUGUUAAAGAAAAUCGAUGAGAGACUAAAUGAAACAGACUACGUUUCACGAGUAUCUGCACAAUCUGGCAGAAGUACAAACUCACAAAACCAGCUCAGCAAGAGCACGCGCCAAACUAGAAGCUGCAAAGGCUCGAAUGGAACUGUCAAAAAAGGAAUUGGAAUUGAAAACAAAGCAAGCGCUGAUACAAGAAGAAAAAAACAGUUCGCGUUGCAAAAGCAGAUAGAGAGGAGAAGGUUAUUCAAGCCGAGUUAGAUCUCUUGAAUGAACAAAAAGAUUUUUGCUGAGGCAGAAGCAGAAAAUGAAUUGUUUGAAACAAUCAGUGAGUGUGAUCUAGGUAGUUCUGUUGGAAUCAAAGAAGAGGAGUCGCAUGCUGAAAGAACAGAAAAUUACGUGCGUGAACAACUGCAUUAUGUUAAUGACAAAAAUCAAAAUGUGAACACUGAAGGAGAGCAAUCUGAAAUAAGACUCAAUCCUAGUGCUCAAGUUUAUACUCCGAUACAGUCUGCAGAUAUGUUUAAAGACUUUGGUAAAUUUCUUGUUAAAAAAGAUGUAAUGUUACAAAGAUUUUCUAAAUUCAAUGAUGACCCAACCCAGUACGUAAUUUGGAAAAAUACUUUUAAGAACGUUGUUGGGGAAUUAGAGUGCACACCUAGUGAAGAAAUUGAUCUCCUGAUGAAAUGGCUCGGUCCAGAGUCAUCCCAACAAGCAGGCAAUUUACGAGCAGCAAACUGUCACGAUCCAGUCAUAGGUCUAGUGAAGAUUUGGGAAAGGAUGGAGGAGAGAUAUGGUGCACCGGAAAUGGUUGAAGAAAAGCUGAGAAAAAAGCUAGAGGCCUUCCCGAGAUUAGGCAAUAAAGAUUACAAGAAACUAUACGAACUAAGUGACGUUUUGUCAGAGAUAGAAAGUGUGAAAGAGAACGAUUUGUAUGCAAAUAUGUUAGGGUAUUUUGAUUCACCUAUGGGUGUGAACCCGAUUAUUGCUAAAUUACCAGUCCACAUUCAAAACAAAUGGUCUGAUAGGGGUAGAAAGUUUAAGGUCUCACACUUGGUCACAUUUCCACCCUUUACCUUUUUUGUUAGCUUCAUUAAAGAGAUGUGUAGUUUAUACAAUGAUCCAAGUUUCAGGCAUGAUCAAUCUACACAGAAGGGGCACAGGGAAGAGGCGCAGCAGAGAUCUGGAAGACCGUUGCGGAUCAAUGCAAACAAAGGUGAGGUUAACAAUACAGGUAGGACGUGCCCUUUACACAAAUACGCGCAACAUACGCUUGACACCUGCAGAGAAUUUAGGAAAAAGCCCAUAGAGGAACGAAGGCAGUUUUUAAAAGAUAAUAAGUUGUGCUUCAGGUGUUGCAAGUUUGAACAUAGAAUUAGGGACUGCAAGGUACCAAUUAAGUGUGAUGAAUGCAAUAGUUUGAAACAUACAAGUAGCCUACAUUUUGAUUGGAAACCAACAGAAAAGUAUGACAAGGCAAAAGGACAAUGACAAGAAGCAAGAGAGUCCAA